UCUCUUUCUUUCUUUUAUAUACAGUUGCGAGGAACUUGUAGAAAAAAGCGAUAAUGGCGCAGAAACUUAUGCCAUUCCGAAAUAUUCACAUUUGGAAAUGUGCGAACAAGUGAAUCCAUGGAGUAGCACCGUAAUAAUUGUUAUUCUUUGCGGUGUAGUUGCCUCUCUGGGAUUGAUUGUUCUAAUUGUACAUGGACUGCGUCGUUUCUAUAAACCAGCACGCCCACGUAUAAAGAAGACAUUCGUCGUGCGCAAACAGGCUUCCCCUUCAACGGAUACACCGCUAACGAAUCGUCCCAUUGCCACUGAACAAUGUGAAAUUACAAUAGAAAAUUGCUGCAACAUGAACAUUUGUGAUACGCCAUGCUUCGAUUCAAAGCUCCUGGAAAAAACACUCUCACGCAACUCCAAAGUCAAGGAGGACAAGAAAAUGCUUAUAAAUGGCAUGGAAGAUGAACUUUAUUAGUUAAGCAUUAAAUAGCGUGCCAUCAAAGCGAGGCGCUUGCGAUGCGGAUACAGUACGCGCGGUCAGGGACUGGCAUACUUCUUCUGCGCGCAACAAACGGAGAACAUCUACAAGAGGCCUUAUAGAACGAAAUUUCCAGAAAAAAAAAACACACAAAAAGCAAAAGAGCAUGCAAAUGUAGACACGACAACACGAUGGAGAAGAGGAAAUGCCAAUGAGAGAUUCAAAGUACGACGUUGAGUAGGAAGAAAAUAGAGAGAAGAGUGUCUGACGCCACGGACAAAUGUAGUUAGUACAAGUUCCUCGUCCGUAGCAGCAGGCUGCAGAAGUGCAACCAUGGAUAAGCUUUAAAUAGAGUACACACGGCAAAAAAAAAAAAAAGUCA